AUGAAGUUUGGUCGAGUCGCUGGUCAUGAGCUUGAGACACUAUGCGCGGCUUUGAAGAAGAUCCUGUCUCGAAAAGCAACCCACUCAGCAGCAUUUAUCUUAGCGCCAUACUUGGUAUCUGACCGUGUACUUCACGGCAUUCGUGGUGAAGUGCGACUGGAGGAUAAGCUUGACGCCAAAGGGGUGAUGUCCUAUGCCGACUGGAAGAAAGGCUCAGCGAUCUUCAGCAGCCAUCGCGCCUACGAUCCAGAGGUCUCAGUGUCCCAGAAUCUGAAUGUGACUGACUACCCAAUGAAGUUUGUCAGCGUCUCCGUGGAUUCGUUCAAUGUCACGCCUCUGGAAAACGCCGUCGUGGCAGCGCCAUCUGAUGAACCUGAAGAGGAGUUGCCGAUGUGGGAGGGUGAACCACCAACUUUGAAUGAUUUGAUCAACACUUACAACGUUGAGUGUAAGCUCUCAUCGUCAUUUCCAGAAGCUACUCUAUACUUGGUAGAUGCCAAGCCCCGUUCUGGAAACUCCAGCGAGAAUGUGGUUGAAGGUCAAACACAGAAGCUCUUUCUCGUGGCCCAUAUGCCAAUGACUUUGGACAAUGCAGAGCCUAUCAUCGGACAUGGCAAAUGCUCCUACAUGAAGGAGGAACGCGCGACCCCUUCACCUUCCCCUCUCGAAGACGACCAGAUGAAUCGACGUCAUCGUGGAAGAAUUGUUGAGGAGGUCAAGCAUAAGAAUCAAGAUUCUGAGGUGAUUCCAAAAGAUCAGCCUGAGGCCUUAGAGGAGCGCCACACUCGAGGAGUACCAGUCACAGUCAGCACGGCUUCUUUGGAGUCGGCAAAGAAUGUCUCUAAGGAGAUGAAUGCUCAGCAAAAGACUGAGACUUCCCAGACCAAGUCACUCCCUCCAGUGACAACUGAAGCAGAGAUGCAACCGAAGGCUGCGACAAGUGAAGCAGAGACAAAAUCGAAGCCAAAACCAUUGCCUUCUACGAGUUCGUCUUUGGACAGGGCAGCCAACCCAUUGCUGGAUCCAAAGGAUAAACAAAAGCUUGAAGGAGACAUUGCAGAGGCAAGACAGAAGAUGAAAGAAGACAAGAAUGCUGCGAAGAAUGGCGACAAGCCAGUACGUCGUCGGCUCUUGCCUGAGCUCGCGCCUGGUGAGGAGGGUGAGAUGGUCAUGGAGGAGGUAGAGGAACUCGAGGAAGACUCAGAGUCUACCACCUUGGUCCUGGGGCAGGAGCCUAAGAGGAGGGGAAAAGCCAAGAGUGAACCAAAGUCCAAAGCUGCUGAUGCUGCUGCUUCGAAACCAGAAGCAAAGAGCAAGGCGAAGGCAAAAUCAGCUGCAGCAUUCAAAAAGCCAGCAGCCAAGGCCAAGGCCAAGCCUUCACCAAAGAAGGUCUCUCGUGCAAUGAAGGCAAAGAAAGUUGCAAAAGGGAAUCGCUUUGGGAAGAGGGGAAAAAACCAAAAGGAGCCAAAAGGAUCGACACCUUCAGAGCCCAAAGGCAAGACAUCAAGUGAGUCUGAGAAGAAGAGCGAGCUGAGCAUGAUGAGUGUGUUCCAUUCUCACUUGCGUGAGACCAUUGCCAAGUUGAAGGAGGAGGGGAUGCCUGCAAAGGAGGCUUUGGCACAUGCUCGAUCUUCGGAAGAUGCUGACAUGGAUCGUCAGCAGGAGGCUGAGAUGGCUGAACCUGAGGACAAGGCUCCUCCACCAGUUGAUGAUGAGGAGGAAAAUGUCAUCAGUGACACUGACAUGGUCUUUCUUGAGGGCUCUGACGAGCCUGACGAGCUGUCCCCACUCCUUGAGUUCGAGGAGAAUGAUAUCAUGGAUGCGCUUUGGCAGCAAAGCAAUGGCCUGUUGCAGCUGGCGCUCACCAGCCCAGCUGGGGAGGAGCUCAUGACGGUGAAUCUCGUGGUGCGGGCGCUGAAGUUGGGGCCGUUGGUGAAGAAACAGGCCAUCGAUGAGUUCUCAAGCCUGCAGGAGAGGCUGAACGCAGCGCAGAAGAGGUUGAACCCCUUCAAGUCGGUUCGGCAGGACUACGAGAGGCGCGCGCAGGCACGCAAGCUCUACGAGGAGCUCUCGAGCAAGCUGGCCGGGGCCGAGAUCGAGGUGGAGAAGGCUGCGAUGAUGACGGCCCCGAUGGGCACAGACAGCGAUGAGGGGAUGAAGGAGACGGAAGCCACCUUGACCUUGGCCCAAACGAUGCUGGCGCAGACGAAUCGUCAGGUGGAAGCCAAGCUCAAGCAGCUUGAGGAUGUGGACUUUGGCGAGCAGCUGAAGGGCCUGCUGGAGCGAUGCAAGCUCGCGCAAGAGAAGCUGGAUGACCUGCGAAGCAUCCUCCGCGAGACCCAGGUGCGUUUGGCUGCAGAUUUGCUCAUGAAGGAGGUGUCAGACAAGGUGGCCAAUGCUGAAGACGAGAUUCAGAAGAUGGCAGAAGCCGAAUUGCCUUUCCUUCGAAAUGACAAAGACCAGGACAUGUCGGAACUCUUUGCUGAAGCAGACAAGGUGGCGGCGCACGUGCACGGCGUCCUGGCCGAGACACAGAGCUACGUCGCCCGGAAGUCGGUGGAGGUGUCCAAGUUCUCCGAUGGGCCGGGGGAAGCGGUCAAGGAAGAGGCAGAGGAUCAGCCUCAGCAACUCGCAGGUGGAAAAUUUGCAGAGGAGGUUGGAGGAGGGACGUGA